CGUGUGCGCGGUGACGUCAGCGAGGCAGCCAUGGCGGCCCCGCGGGUGUCGCUGGAGGCGCUGCGGGAACCGCUGGGGCUGAUGCGGGCCCUGCAGGCCUUUUUCUCGGUGCUGGCGUUCUCCACGCUGGGCGGGUUCGAGGGCUCGGUCUCGUUCCUCGUCAGCUGCGCCGGCCAAUCCAACGUCUCCGUCUCCGCCCCCUUCGCCUUCCCCUUCAGGCUGCACCUGUCGACGUUCCAGCCCUCCCUGCCCCAGCUGUGCAACCACACCUGGCCCAGGGACGUUCACCUGGUGGGAGACUUCGCCCCCCCCUCGCGCUUCUUCCUGGCCGUGGCCGUGGGGGGCUUCCUGCUGGCCCUGGGGGGCCUGGGGGGCUACCUGGCCUACCUGCACCUCUACAGGGCCCCUGGGGCCCGCCUGCCCCUCCUG